UUUUCUCUCUGUAUCACACUAUUACUCUAUACCCACGUCGUGACAAAAAAAACAAAGCAUCAAUCAAAUUAAAUUCUAGCUUGGUGUGUUUUUGAAGGAUUAAUUCAGAACCUCUCACACAAUUCUGAUCUUUAAUCCAAUCUCAAACACCCUUAUGAAUCAUUCGCCAACCACAAACUCGAAGAUUGUGCUCGAGAUGUUGACAUCUAGAACUAAAAAUAGAAUUGGAGCUUCAAGUUGAGAAGCAAGCAUGCCUUUGGAGGACUUCUACAAGAUAUUUGGUGCCACCAAGUUCAAAAGUCUGUUUUGGACUUCAUGGCAGCCCUUAGAAUCAACAUGCUUGUUGGAGCAUAUUAUUUUACCUGUGGAACUUGGUUUCUUAGUGAUCUUGUUAUUCCAACUCCUAAGAAAAUAUGUGAGCCAGUUCAGCAAGCAAACCAAGGUCCCAGAUGGUGCCACAAAAAUGAUGCAUCCAACUGCAAUCAAAUUUGGUUUUGCAUACAAACUCACCUUUGUUUGCACCACAUUGUUGUUGGUUGUUCAUUCAUCACAGCUAUUGCUGAUGCUCAAUAAUGAGACUCAAUGCACCUCAAAACUUCAGGCCUUCACAUCAGAGAUAGUUCAAGUGCUAUCAUGGUCAAUUAGUCUUAUAGCAAUAUGGAAGAUAUCAAAAUCACACACAUAUUUCCCUUGGAUUCUGAGGGCUUGGUGGCUUUGCAGUUUCAUUUUGUGUAUCAUAACCACAGCCCUUCAUGCCCAUUUCAGUGUCAUCAACAAUGGUCAGAUUGGUUUAAGAGAAUGUGCAGAUUUCCUUGGUUUGCUUGCUUCGACAUGCCUUUUGGUUAUUUCCACAAGAGGGAAGACAGGCACUGUCCUUCUUGCCACAAAUGGUGCAUCUGAACCACUUCUUGGAGAGAAAGCUGAGAGGCAUUCAGAGUGUCUAAAGGAAUCUCCAUAUGGAAAAGCCACACUUCUCCAACUAAUAAAUUUCUCUUGGCUCAACCCCUUGUUUGCAGUAGGGUAUAAGAAACCCCUUGAGCAGAAUGACAUUCCUGAUGUUGACAUCAAUGACUCUGCUGAGUUUCUAACAUGCUCCUUUGAUGAGAGCCUUAGGCAAGUCAAAGAGAAAGAUGGCACUGCUAAUCCAUCUAUCUACAAGUCAAUCUACUUGUUUGCUAGGAAGAAAGCGGCAAUCAAUGCAUUGUUUGCAGUGGUAAAUGCUUCAGCAUCAUAUGUUGGUCCAUACUUGAUAACUGACUUUGUGGAUUUCCUAGGAGAAAAGGGAUCGCGCGGCUUGAAGAGCGGAUACCUUCUGUCACUGGCUUUUCUGUGUGCCAAAAUGGUUGAGACCAUAGCUCAGAGGCAAUGGAUUUUCGGUGCCAGACAAUUAGGCCUUCGCCUUAGAGCGGCAUUGAUAUCGCAUAUAUAUCAGAAGGGCUUACAUCUUUCAAGUAGAUCGCGGCAAAGUCACACGGGCGGUGAGAUAAUGAAUUACAUGAGUGUAGAUGUGCAGAGAAUCACAGAUUUUGUUUGGUAUGUGAAUGUGAUAUGGAUGCUGCCUAUUCAAAUUUCUUUGGCAGUGUUCAUUUUGCAUACAAAUCUAGGACUAGGUUCAUUGGCUGCAUUAGCUGCUACAUUGGCAGUGAUGACUUUGAACAUUCCUCUUACAAAGAUACAGAAAAGAUACCAAGCCAAGAUCAUGGACGCCAAGGACAACAGGAUGAAAGCCACUUCAGAAAUCCUCAGAAACAUGAGGACUUUGAAACUUCAAGCAUGGGACAGACAAUUUUCUCAAAGGAUAGAAGCACUUAGGCAGAUAGAGUACAAUUGGUUAAUGAAGUCAUUGAGGCAAGCAGCAUUUUCUGCUUUCAUCUUUUGGGGGUCACCUACAUUCAUUUCUGUGAUAACUUUUUGGGCAUGCAUGUUCAUGGGGAUUGAACUGACAGCAGGAAGGGUCUUGUCUGCAUUUGCCACGUUCCGAAUGUUGCAGGAUCCUAUAUUUAGCCUGCCUGACUUGCUCAAUGCCAUUGCUCAAGGAAAAGUUUCAGUCGAUAGGAUCGCUUCCUUCCUCCGCGAGGAAGAAAUCCAGCAUGAUGUCAUUGAAAAUGUUGCAAAGGACAAAACAGAAUUUGACAUAGUUAUUGAGAAAGGGAGAUUCAGCUGGGAUCCUGAAUCAAAAACUCCAACCAUUGAUGAAAUAGAGUUGAAAGUUAAGAGGGGAAUGAAGGUAGCAGUUUGUGGAUCUGUAGGUUCAGGAAAGUCUAGUUUGCUAUCAGGCCUUUUGGGAGAAAUAUAUAAACAAUCUGGGACUGUGAAGAUCAGUGGAACAAAGGCUUACGUGCCACAAUCAGCAUGGAUACUGACUGGAAACAUAAAGGACAACAUUACCUUUGGAAAAGAGUACAAUGGUGAUAAGUAUGAGAAGACUAUUGAGGCAUGUGCAUUGAAAAAGGACUUUGAGCUAUUCUCAUGUGGUGACAUGACAGAGAUUGGAGAGAGAGGGAUUAACAUGAGUGGGGGACAGAAGCAAAGGAUACAGAUUGCUAGAGCAGUUUACCAGGAUGCUGACAUUUACCUUUUUGAUGACCCUUUCAGUGCUGUUGAUGCUCACACUGGCACCCACCUCUUUAAGGAGUGCCUUAUGGGGAUUCUCAAAGAGAAAACUAUAAUUUUUGUUACACACCAAGUUGAGUUUCUUCCAGCAGCAGACCUCAUUCUGGUGAUGCAAAAUGGAAGGAUAGCACAAGCUGGAAAAUUUGAAGAUCUUCUAAAGCAAAAUAUAGGAUUUGAAGUUUUAGUUGGUGCUCACAGCAAAGCUCUAGAGUCAAUUAUUGUGGCUGAAAAUUCAAGUAGAACAAAUUUAAAUUCAAUAGCUGAAGAAGGGGAAUCUAACUUCAGCUCCAAGCCAAGUCAUCAACAUGUGCAAACACAGCAUGACUCAGUGCAAGACAAUCCUCCAGAGGGCAAAGGAAAUGAUGGAAAGUUGGUGCAAGAAGAGGAAAGAGAAACAGGAAGCAUAGCAAAAGAAGUUUACUGGGAAUAUUUGACCACUGUCAAAGGGGGAAUUCUGGUUCCUCUCAUUCUCUUGGCACAGUCUUCAUUCCAAAUACUUCAGAUUGCUAGUAACUAUUGGAUGGCUUGGGUUUGUCCCACAAGUAGUGAUGCUAAGCCUAUAUUUGACAUGAAUUUCAUACUACUUAUUUAUAUGGCACUCUCAGUUGCUGGUUCAUUUUGUGUUUUGCUGCGAGCCAUGAUGGUGUUAAAUGCUGGACUUUGGACAGCACAGACACUUUUCACAAAGAUGUUGCAUAGUGUGCUCCGUGCCCCCAUGGCAUUUUUUGAUUCUACACCAACUGGAAGAAUAUUGAACAGGGCUUCCACAGAUCAAAGUGUGCUAGACUUGGAAAUGGCAAACAGAAUAGGAUGGUGUGCUUUCUCAAUAAUACAGAUUCUAGGCACUAUUGCAGUGAUGUGUCAGGUGGCAUGGCAAGUAUUUGUCAUCUUCAUUCCAGUAACUGCAGUCUGCAUAUGGUACCAACGAUAUUAUACGCCAACAGCAAGAGAACUGGCUCGCUUAGCACAGAUACAAAUCACUCCAAUUCUCCACCAUUUUUCAGAAUCAUUAGCAGGAGCAGCAUCAAUACGAGCUUUCGAUCAGGAAGGCCGUUUCAUAUACACAAAUCUUCUCCUUGUGGAUGGCUUCUCAAGGCCAUGGUUUCAUAAUGUGUCUGCAAUGGAAUGGCUUUCUUUCAGAUUGAAUUUACUUUCAAAUUUUGUUUUUGCCUUCUCACUAGUCAUGCUAGUGAGCCUCCCUGAAGGAAUAAUCAAUCCAAGUAUUGCUGGGUUGGCAGUAACAUAUGGGAUCAAUCUGAAUGUGUUGCAAGCUUCAGUUAUAUGGAACAUAUGCAAUGCAGAAAACAAGAUGAUAUCAGUUGAAAGGAUCCUUCAAUAUACAAAUAUAACAAGUGAAGCACCUCUUGUGAUUGAAGACAGCAGACCACCUAGCAACUGGCCAGAAACUGGAACAAUAUGUUUCAAAAAUUUGCAGAUACGUUAUGCUGAACAUCUGCCAUCUGUGUUGAAAAACAUCACUUGCACAUUUCCUGGAAGGAAGAAAGUUGGUGUUGUAGGGCGUACCGGGAGUGGAAAAUCAACUCUCAUACAGGCCAUUUUCAGGAUUGUUGAACCAAGAGAAGGAAGCAUUAUAAUUGACAAUGUGGACAUAUGCAAGAUAGGUCUCCAUGACUUAAGGUCAAGGCUUAGCAUUAUUCCACAAGACCCUGCCUUGUUUGAAGGCACUGUUAGAGGAAACCUGGACCCAUUGCAGCAAUACUCUGACAUUGAAGUGUGGGAGGCUCUAGAUAAAUGUCAGCUAGGUCACCUAGUAAGGGCCAAGGAAGAGAAGUUGGAAUUCCCAGUGGUUGAAAAUGGUGAUAACUGGAGUGUGGGCCAAAGGCAAUUAUUUUGCCUUGGAAGAGCCCUGCUGAAGAGAAGCAGCAUAUUAGUACUAGAUGAAGCAACAGCCUCAGUGGAUUCUGCAACUGAUGGGGUGAUACAGAACAUCAUAAGCCAAGAGUUCAAAGAUAGGACUGUUGUCACAAUAGCUCAUAGAAUCCACACAGUUAUUGAUAGCGAUUUGGUUUUGGUGCUCAGUGAUGGAAGAGUUGCUGAGUAUGAUGAACCAUCAAAGUUACUAGAGAAAGAAGAUUCCUUCUUCUUUAAACUUAUAAAGGAGUAUUCUGGAAGAUCACAUAACUUCAGCAACUUGGCAACUCAACAUGUCCAAAGCAGGGAGCAAUUAUAGGACUUUAUGGAUAUUAACUAAUAUAUUGGAGAGGAACUUUGUGACACCCUCUACCCCACACAUAUAUGUACUAAUAAUAAAAGGAAUAGGAAUGCGGAAUUAAUUAAAAGUUUUAAAACACAUUUAAAUAAAAGCAUUUCAAAAAGGGUAAAAGAUUCACAUUUACUUUUCUAACAUCAUAAUAGAACUUGUUCAAAUAAAUAAUAAAAUCAUCUCGAUCAUACCCGGUUCGGCCUGGCCGAUCGGACCAGUCCAACCGGGACUAGUUUCACUAUUGGAUCGCUCAUGCAUGUGACCCGGGAUGGCCCGGCCAAGCCCGGCCAAUUUUGUGAAAACCCGGUGACCCGGCUGGUUUUAAAAACCCAGACUGGGUUGUGCACAUUAAAAAAAUAAUGGGAGUGCAGAAAACAAUAAUGGGGGUGCUUAAAGUUUAUUCACACUCUUUUUGUUUAUUAGGAAAUUGGGCUUCUAGGCUCAUUUUGUUUACGAAAAUUGGACUUGUGUUUUAAUUUAGGUUGUUGUUAUUUAUACUUUUUUAUUACUAAUACACUUCACUUGUGUUAUCAACUUU